UAGAGUUCUUGUAAAAUACUUUAACCUACUUUUGGUCUAAUUGUCCUGGGAAGUCAUCAUUUGGGUGAUUAACACCUCAAAUAAAAAAAAUGUAAUGAUUAAUAUGUAGGUACUUUAUACGUCAGUUUCCAUUAAACUUGCUUAGUUUUGGACUAAAUAAUUGAGGUGAGCUGCCGGAAUUUGUUAUUUAAAAUGGAAAAUGCUGCACUUAUAACUGCCUAAAUACUCACAUAUCAUUUAAUCGAUUUCAAACUUUGGUUGUAUAUUUUGGCAAAGUUAGUUUAAAUCAGCCUAUAUAAGAGGCAAAUCGAUUCCUCACGGUUAAUUCAGUAUAGGCAGGCAUUUCAGUCAAUUUUGAAACGACAUGGUGAUGAGUGAAAUCAUAAAGUGUAAACUGAUAAAAUUAUGGAUUAUGUUACAAAUGCUUAUUACGUUGUAUUCUACGAGAGAGCAGAUCAGAGAGUAAGAGAUUGGCCACUGAUGACGUCACCCAAACCUCUCGUCACCAUCAUCGCGACAUACCUGACGAUAAUAAAAGUGGUGCUUCCCAAGUUCAUGAGAAACAGAAGAGCUGUCGAUUUAAGAAUCGUCAUCAAAUGGUACAACAUUGUCCAGAUCAUCGCUAACGCUGUAGCCACUUGGGGAAUCAUGACAUCGGGCUGGACGACGACCUAUCACUUCGGCUGCAUGCUACCUGAUUACUCGAUGAAGCCGGAACCUCUCAGGAUGCUGCGCUUUCUGUGGUGGACGUUUAUUUUGAAAUUGCUGGAGCUGAUGGAGACUUUGUUUUUCAUUCUGAGGAAGAAGGAGAGACAAGCGUCGUUCCUACACGUAUACCACCAUGUCAGUACGCUGGUAAUCACAUGGGCUGCUGUCAAAUAUAUCGGUGGUGGCAUCACGUCCUUCUCGCCUAUGAUAAACAACGCGGUCCACGUCAUAAUGUAUAGCUACUAUUUACUCUCGGCGGAGGGGAGUGAGGGAACUAAGGCCUGCCUUCGCAAGCAUAAGAAAUGGCUCACUGUCAUGCAAAUGGUUCAGUUUACAGUGAUGUUGAUAUACUCAUCUCAAGUGUUCUUACCGAGUUGUCCAGCGCCUCACGGAGUUUCAAUCAUGUAUUUCCCAAACGUGAUUUUUGUUUAUUACAUGUUCUAUGAUUUUUUUAAUAAGAAUUAUUUAAAGGAUGAAAAUCCACACAAAAAUGGUAAAGUUUAUCAAAAAAAAAAGUCAAAUAAUGAUUAAAAUUUCCAAUGAAAAAUAUAUACUGAUACAACUUUUCUUAUUAGAAAUUUUCAUGGACAAGAAGCAUUGAAAAUCUAUUAGGUAAACACUACUUUACUUUGUUUAAAUUAAAAUACAUUUCAUUCUGUUGGCAACUAGGUGUACCAAUAAUGUUACAGAAAUAUUAAAUACCAGCUCAAAAAUGACUAAUCAAUGCAGUUUUCAGAAACAGCUUUCUCUUAUUAGCUUUUACUUGUUAAGAAUUGUUUUCAGUCACUUAUCUGAACAAAGAGCCAACACUCCUACUGUAUUAAAUUUACAUAGUUUUAAGAUGUUUAGUUCAAAUUUGUGUAAUAAAUAAUUUGAAAUAACUAAUAUUUUCUAUUUUUUUGUAAUUAAGCUCAAAGUGUUCAAGGUCACUUUGACAGUAAUGAUGAAUAUGGCAAAAUAUAUUAACCCUGAAUAAGUAAAACAUAGUCAAAAAUUAAUGAGUGUAUGAUGAAUUUUAAGUUAAUUGUUUUUUGACCUGCUACAUCAGUUUUCCAAUUAGAUUUUCUCAUAUAAUCAUAGCAAUGCAGGGUCCAGUUUAAUAAGAAAUUAAUAAUUACAGAAGUAAUGUUUAGUGCUUCAUAUCUAUUUUAUGGUCAAUUUAUUUUCAUGAUCAGUUUAUUUGGUGAAGAAUGGCAAAAGAAGUUAUUAGAACUUAAAAGAUCACACAUCCAAAAAGUAUGCGUACAAGAGUGUUAAUGAUAGAUAUGGUCAAUGUCUAACCAAACCAAAAAGGACAAGAUCUUCAAAGUUUUUCUCUUUUAAAAACAAACAUAAUACAUAUUGACCCUGAAAUGUUAAGAAGUCGUAAUGGAAUAGCGUUAUACUUAAGGGAAAUAAAAUAGCUAUUUUUCGUACGAUCUCAAAAGGUUAUCUCUUAUUCAGUAAUAUUAGUUAUUAUGGUAAAUGAUAAAGUUUAUAACCCUGAUUUUGCCGCAUCAAAAGAUAUGAACGUCACUUACCGUGUAGUAGGAGAGUAAGCCAGCAUUCUCGUCCAGCACGAACCACCGAUAUUGCCAACCCUUCAUCACAUUUGUCCAUUUACUCAAAGAACCUUCCAUCAUGUUUAUAACUCAAAAAAUAAUAUCAAAAUUCAUUAAAAUAAAAACGACGAAUUUUCACCUCACAGCAGAUGCUUCCACCAUAAAUAAUCCAUAUGUUUGACAUUUGGUGAUGGUGCUGCCAAG